AUGCAUGCUCCUCUCGCUGUCACCAUCAUCUUGGAGCUCGUCCUCUCUCCGCAUCAUCCUCUGUUUUUUGUAGUCAUGGAGCUGGUCUACUGGAGGAGCAUGAGCAGGACCGGUUUGGUGUUCACCGGCUCAGUAGUGUGCCUGGCCAGUCUGUUCCAACUGAGUGCCAUCACUGUGCUCUCUCACAUUUGUUUGGGGGUCAUGUGCCUCACCUUUCCCAUGCGCUUCUACUACAAACUUUUGGAGCUGCUACGCUGCAACCCCGGCUUGCAUCCUUUCCAGUCAUAUUUGGACUAUGACAGUUCACUGACAGACAAAGAAAUGGUGAUGCUUGUGGAGGAGGCGGUACUGCUGAUGGCAUUUGCCGUCACUGAGCUCAAACGUCUUCUAUUCAUUGAAAACAUAUUGGACUCGCUCAAGUUUGUUUUGCUGCUCUACAUGCUGACGUACGUCGGCGUCCUCACUACUGGAUUGACUCUGAUCAUAACAGCUGCCAUUGUUCUAUUUUCCUUUCCUUUGUUCUACAAAAAACAGCAGGUGAGAAUAAGAAGGGUGGUCAGAGCAUACAAAGCUUUUGAGAAGAAAAUCACAACCUGGUGUCUGGGGGUACGCGAUGCCGUCAGAGCAUCUCGAGCGCAAGCCGCCGCCGCUGCUGCCGGGCCGUCCUCUAAGCAGAAAGCGAAGGCAAAGUAA